AUGCAGGUCCUGGCAGGCUGGGCUGUGCUGGUGGCACUGGGCGAGUGGCUGUGGGUCGGUGGGGAGGUGCCGCUGGGGGACUUCUAUCCCUUCGGGCCGGCCCAGGGCGACGCCGCCACGCGGAAGCAGGACGACGGUGGCUCCGAGCUCCGGCCCCUCUCCAUCCCCUUCCCCUUCUUCGGUGCAGGGCACACCGGCCUCUAUGUAAACAACAAUGGGAUCAUCUCAUUCCUGAAGGAGGUCUCCCAGUUCACACCGGUGGCCUUCCCCAUCUCCAAGGACCGGCGUGUGGUUGCUGCUUUCUGGGCAGAUGUGGAUAAUCGGCGGGCGGGUGAAAUAUAUUACCGAGAGAGCACCGAGCAGCCCAUCCUGGAGAGAGCAAGCAGGGACAUUGCCCAGUAUUUCCCUGAGUUCCCAGGGUUUUCUGCACAGUGGGUCUUCAUUGCAACCUGGUACCGAGUCACCUUCUUCGGGGGCAGCUCAUUUUCACCAGUAAAUACUUUCCAGAUUGUCCUCAUCACGGAUGGCAAGCUUUCCUUCACCAUCUUUAACUAUGAGUCCAUCACCUGGACCACGGGUAUGCACGCCAGCAGUGGGGGGGACUUUGCUGGGCUCGGUGGCAUCGCGGCACAGGCAGGUUUUAACGCUGGUGAUGGAAAGCGCUACUUCAACAUCCCUGGAUCCCGCACUGAUGACAUCGCUGACGUGGAGAUGACGACAAAUGUGGGUAUCCCCGGGCGCUGGGUGUUCAGAAUCGAUGAUGCCCAGGUGCAAGUGGGGGGCUGCAGCAAUACAACCUCUGUCUGCCUGACACUGCGGCCCUGCCUGAAUGGGGGGAAGUGUAUCGAGGACUGCAUCACAGGGAACCCCUCCUACACCUGCUCCUGCCUGGCUGGUUUUACUGGGAAGAGGUGCCAUGUUGAUGUGGAUGAAUGCCUCUCCCACCCAUGUCAAAAUGGAGCUACCUGCCUCAACGGUGCCGGCAGGUUCACCUGCAGGUGUCCUCCAGGCUUCAGAGGCAACAACUGUGAGACUGCAGAAUCACCAUGUGAGAACAGGGUGUGCCAGAACGGUGGGAGUUGCCAGGUGGUAAACAGGACAGCAGCGUGCUUGUGCCAGUCGGGAUACACAGGGGUGGACUGCCAAACAGAAGUGAACGAAUGUGAGUCCAGCCCAUGCCUGAAUGGUGGGCACUGCAUUGACCUGGUCGAUAACUACACCUGUGUGUGCCUGGAACCCUUUGUGGGACAGCGCUGCGAGACAGAUUCAUCUUCCUGCGAGGACCGGAGUUGCCAGAACCGGCAGACGUGCAACUACAUCCGCCCUGGCCGCUAUAUCUGCACCUGCUCCCCGGGUUAUUACGGCAGCAACUGCCAGUAUGGUGGGCCCCGCAUGGCCAGUGCUUGCCUCUCGCACCCAUGCCAGAACGCAGGCAGCUGUCUGGAGACUGAGCAGGGCUAUGUCUGUGAGUGCCAGGAGGGCUACACUGGACAGGACUGUCGAGACCAGCUGUCUGAGGGCUGUGAGUGUCGUAAUGGGGGCAGUUGUCUGGAGGGGAACGUCACCGUCUGCCAGUGUCUUCCUGGGUUUUUUGGUCUCCUCUGUGAAUUUGAAGUCACCACGACACCGUGCAACAUGAACACGCAGUGCCCGGACGGCGGGUACUGCAUGGAGUAUGGCGGGAGCUACCUCUGUGUCUGCCACACCAACUACGGCACCAACCACACGAUGCCGUCCCCCUGCGACUCAGAGCCCUGCUUGAAUGGGGGCUCCUGCAAGGUUCAUGAUGAAUCAUACAUCUGCGAGUGUCCUCAAGGCUUUCUUGGCAUGCACUGCGAGAAAGCCAAGCCUCGGCUCUGCAGCACGGGGCCCUGCCGCAACGGGGGCACCUGCAGGGAGGCGAAUGGCGAGUACCACUGCACCUGCCCCUACCGCUUCACCGGCAAGCACUGCGAGAUCGGUAAGCCGGACCCCUGUGCGUCGGGGCCCUGCCAGAAUGGAGGCACCUGUUUCCACUACAUCGGCAAGUACAAGUGUGACUGUCCCCCAGGCUACACCGGCCGGCACUGCGAGAUUGUGCCCUCCCCUUGCUUUCUUAGCCCCUGUGAGAAUGGGGCUACCUGUGAGGACCUCGGCGGGGGCUAUGCUUGCACCUGCUCCGUGGGCUAUGUAGGGAAGCACUGCCAGUUUGAGGUCGACUGUGGCAUCCCCAGUGAGGUGAAGCAUGCCCAGGCUUCUUUCAACUCCACCAAGGUGGGCUCACUGGCUGAAUACCAGUGUGAGCUGGGCUACAUCCUCAGCCAGCACAACCAUCCCCGUGUCUGCCGUGUGCCAGGUGUCUGGAGCGACCCCCCUGAAUGUGAUGAGAUUGACGAGUGCCAGUCACAGCCCUGCCUGAAUGGUGGCCAGUGCAAGGAUCGUGUCUCUGCCUUCCUGUGCUUGUGUGAACCAGGUUACACCGGCUACCACUGCGAGCUGGAUGUUGAUGAGUGCCAGUCAGAGCCAUGCAAGAACAGCGGGACCUGCCAAGACCUCCCGGGGUCCUUUGCUUGCUUCUGUCCAGAGGGCUUCCUGGGGACCCAGUGUGAGACAGAAGUGGAUGCCUGUGAGUCAGACCCUUGCCGAAAUGGAGGGGAGUGUGAGAGCUAUGGGGGCUCCUACCUCUGUGUGUGUCCAGAGGGUUUCUUCGGCUACCACUGUGAGACAGCCAGUGACCCGUGCUUCUCCAGCCCUUGUGGGAGCAGAGGCUACUGCCUGCCCAGCAAUGGCACCCACACCUGCACCUGCAAAGUCAGCUACACAGGCAAGAACUGCGAAAAAGAAUUGCUGCCACCAACCUCAUUAAAGGUGGAAAGGGUGGAGGACACUGGUGUGUUGAUUUCUUGGCACCCACCUGAGGACGCAGCUGCCAGGCAACUCAUUGACGGCUACGCCGUGACGUACGUAUCCCUCGACGGCUCUUACCGCAGGACAGAUUUUGUGGACCGAAGUCGUUCUGCCCACCAAUUGCGGGCACUAACCUCCGGCAGAGCCUACAAUAUUUCUGUCUUUUCAGUCAAACGCAACGUGAACAACAAGAAUGAUAUCAGCAGGCCCAUCAUGCUCACCACGCGCACUAGACCGCGUCCGGUGGAAGGCUUUGAGAUCACGAAUGUGACUGCCAGUGCCAUCACGGUGCAAUGGGCUCUCCACCGACUCCAACAUUCCACUGUCAGUAGGGUGAGGGUCUCCAUCCGCCACAUGGGGGACCUGGCAGGCCGCACUGUGGAGCUGAACAGCAGCGUGGCCAAGUACACCUUCCUGGACCUGCAGCCAGGAGAGAGAUAUAUCAUCCAUGUCACAACGCUGAGUGGCCUGGGAGUGGAGGACCACCCUUCAGAGAGCCUGGCCACACCCCCUUUUCAUGUGUGGACAAGGCCUCUCCCCCCACAAAACCUCACCGCCUCCCAUGUCACCGCCACCUCUGUGUCCAUGGCGUGGGAGCAGCCUCCCGUUGGCACCAUGGAGGGGUACAUCAUCAAUGUCACCACUGCUCAGAGCGUCAAGAGCCGCUACGUGCCUAACGGGAAACUUGUGUCCUACACGGUGCGGGACCUGCUGCCUGGGCAGCGCUACCACCUGUCCUUGACAGCUGUGCAGAACACUGAGCAAGGCCAGGUGCACAGCGAGCCCAUCCACCUCUAUGUCAACACCUUGCAGAGGGAUGGGGCUCCAGAGAGACGAUGGAGCCAAGCUGGGCACCCCCGGGUUCUUCGAAACAGGCUGCCCCCAGCUUUCCUGCCUGAGCUCCGCCUGCUGGCAGAUCAUGACACAGCUGAGGAGCCCUCACCAGCCCCCAGGUUCACAGAGCUGGUGGAUGGCAGAGGGAGGAUCAGCACCAGGUUUGGCACUGCGCUGGGAAAAUCCAUCACUGUGAAGACACAGCCAGAGGCUCCAGUGAAGCUGGAGAACACAGAGGUGUCCAGCUGGGACAGCCUGGCACUGCAGCUGCGUGAGGCAAAGAGCAAGAGAGAGGGGCAGAACUGCUCCAAGAAUCCCUGCAGGAAUGGAGGCACCUGCACCAGAGAUGACGAGUCCUACCACUGUGCCUGCCAGCCAGGGUUCAAGGGCCGGGUCUGCCAGCUGGCAGCCUGCAAGAAGGUGCCACACUCGUGCACACGGCUGUACUCGGAAACCAGGUCAUUCCCAGUGUGGGAAGGAGGCACCUGCCACUAUCUGUCCAGGAGAGUCUACAAGGUACACCAGGACAUCUGCUACAAGGAGAGCUGUGAGAGCACCAGUUCCAAGAGGACAAGCAGCAGAAAGCCAAGCAACAGUCACACACUGAAGGAGCCCUAGAAGGUUUAAAGCAGUAGAAGCUUCGUCUUUCCACAUCUAAGGGCUUUUUGAACACCAGGAAGAUCAGAUCUGCUCACUGGGUUGAACACAGCAGGGGAGCCUUCCUGCCUGGUGUCAACCUCUCCCUCUC